UUAUUACCUAUUGAUUAGUAUCGUAUAUUAUAGUUGAAUAAAAUGGUUAAAACGCAAUAAAUUUUUUUAAUAAAAAAUAAUAAUGUUAAAAUUUAAUAUAUUUUGUCUAAUUGUUAUCGCAUUGUUUGUGAUCCAAACAAUUAACGGAAGUACCAGUGAAUCCCAAUUAAGUGACAAUGAAGUACUAGAGUUGUCCAAAAAGUUCAAUGAAGUGGUCAGAAAAGUCAAUAAUAUACUGAAUGGACCGCUACCUAAAAAAGAUGUUAUGUUAAAAUGGGGGCUAAGAUUUAGGGGACCCCGACGAGGUUGGCGACCUUGGAGACCUUGGCGACUAAAUAAUAGACGUCGUAAUUGGGAACCUAAUGUUGUACAUCAUGUUGUACACCAUGGAGGACAAAAUGGUUGGCAAAAUGGUGGACCUGGAGGUGGACCUAGAGGUGGACAAAAUGGUGGACAAAAUGGAUGGCAAACUAGUUGGCAAACUGGUGGACAAAAUGGUGGACAAAAUGGUGGACAAAAUGGUGGACAAAAUGGUGGACAAAAUGGUGGACAAAAUGGUGGACCUAGAGGUGGACAAAACGGUGGACAAAAUGGUGGAUCAAAAGGUGGACAAAAUGGUGGACAAAAUGGUGGAUCAAAAGGUGGACAAAAUGGUGGACAAAACGGUGGACAAAAUGGUGGACAAAAUGGUGGACAAAAUGGUGGAUCAAAAGGUGGACAAAAUGGUGGAUCAAAAGGUGGACAAAAUGGUGGGUCUAAAGGUGGGCAAAAUGGUGGACAAAAAGGGGGACAAAAUGGUGGGUCUAAGGGUUAAGUCGGUGGUAAGGGAAGGGUAAUGUCUAAAUCUUAACAAUUAAAUUAGAUUAAACAUUAUGUUUCUAUAGUCUAUCAAUAAGUUAUUUAAUUUGUAAUUAAAAUAAUAAUAAAUUAUCUGAUAUUUGUAAAUGAAAUUAAAACUAAAUAAAUAUCACUAUAUUAUU